UUGAUUAUUCAUUAUCAGUGUGAUUAUUUUGUUUUCAAUUGUUUCAAGUGUGUUGUUUCAACAAAAAAAAAUUCCUAAAAAGCAAACAAAAUGAAAUCGAUAAAUAAACAUUCAAUAUUGGCCAUCAUAUUUGCCACCCUAAUGUUUACAUCAAUGUUUAUCGUAGAUGUUGAAGCGGGAAAAAAGAAAAAAAUUCUUGCCGCAUUAUUACUUGGUGCAGCAUUAGCUGCUAAACCAAAAAUUCUACCAAUUCCACUUCCUAUACCGAUUCCAGUCAAAGAAGAACAUAAAAAAUAUGUACCAGUUCCACAACCUUAUCCUAUUUAUGUUGAAAAAAGUUACCACGGCGGAUAUGGUGGUGGUUAUGGCGGGGGCUAUGAUGAUGGGUAUUAUGGCGGCGGAGGUGGUUAUGAUGGCGGUUAUUAUUAAGUUUAACCCGAAAAUUUCUAAUUGUGAAAAAACAUUGAUCAUUUCUCAUCGUCAUCAUCAUUCAUUCAUUCAUCUCGUUAAGCAUCUCGGUUACAUUGAAUUGUUUUUGUAUUUGACAUCAAAAUCUCAAUCAUCCAUUCAUCCAUUCAUUAAAUCAUUAUUGUGUAGCGUUUGAAUCAUUCAUUCAUCAUUUAUCAUCUAUAUCAGAACCCAUUUUGUUGCCGUUUUUGAUUUUUCCUAAUUCCUUUUAAUUGUCUUUCGUGAUCAGGAUAGAUCAUUGUGCAUUUGUAUAUCAUUACUUACCCACAAAAACCCACCAAAUCCAAUCACACUCACACAUUUACACUCAAACAAACAAAAUUCCUACUUAAAACCAAUCAAUUUCCAAUAGAUUUUCAUAUAAAUCGAUUGAACAUAGUGAAAAAAAAUAUAUGUCAAAACCACCAAAAAAAAACCCUAGUCUGUCAAAUUCCCCAAACAUGUCCAAAUUCAUAUCUGUGUGUUGU